GCAAGUGUACAACUUGUGAAUUCAUAUCACACAUAUUCCUCACAACCCCAUCCCAACUACCUAUAGAUUCAAGAGAAUUGUACUCAUUCUGUGUCUAUAUACAAAGAUGAUGUACCAGCAGCAGCAACAAAUGAGGUUGGACAUGAGGAAGAGACAUGAUCAUGGUAGGAGAUCGAACCUCAUAGAAGAAGAAAAACUUGAAAUUGUUGAUCUAAGUGGGAUGUCUUUGGAGGUUCUCCCCAAUCCUCCUCUAAGCUUAGGAACCAUUUGCAAAUUAGAUCUCUCCAACAACAAUCUUCAGAAUAUUCCAGAGUCCUUAACAGCAAGACUCUUGAACGUGGUUGUGUUGGAUGUGCACUCGAAUCAGCUCAAAUCCCUACCAAAUUCAAUUGGAUGUUUGUCAAAGCUUAAGGUUUUGAAUGUAUCGGGCAAUCUUCUCCAAGCGCUUCCUCGGACCAUCGAAAAUUGUAGAUCACUGGAAGAACUAAAUGCAAACUUCAACAAGCUAAGCCAACUCCCAGACACUAUAGGAUUUGAGCUUCUCAACCUCAAAAAACUCUCUGUCAAUUCAAACAAGCUUGUAUUCCUCCCUCAUUCGACAUCCCACUUAACGAAUCUACGAGUAUUGGAUGCGCGUCUCAAUUGCCUUCGUUCCCUUCCAGACGACCUCGAAAACCUCAUCAACCUACAAGUCCUCAACAUUAGCCAAAAUUUCCAGUACUUGGCAACCCUUCCAUACUCCAUAGGCCUCCUCAUUUCUCUAGUCGAAUUGGACGUAAGCUACAACAAAAUCACGACCUUGCCCGAGUCCAUAGGUUGCCUCAAGAAGCUUCAGAAGCUCAGCGUCGAAGGAAAUCCGCUUGUAUCGCCUCCAAUGGAUGUUUUCGAGCAGGGAUUGCUGAUGGUGAAAGAGUACUUGUGUGACAAAAUGAAUGGAUCUCAUAAGAACUCCCCCAAGAAAAAAUCAUGGUUUCGAAAGUUGGCAAAAUGUAGUACUUUCAGUGGCGAAAAUAUACCCCUCGAUGAUAGAGAAGGUUACAUAAUGCAGAAUUAUAGAUCCAUUGAAGGCCUGGCAUCACCUAGAUAUAUGGGAAUGUUUUCUCCAAAAAGGCUAUUCUCACCAAAAUCCUACUUUUCUAGAUGAAGUUAAUUACAUGUUGUGGAUGCGAAUACAUAAUUUGUAAGUUUCGUAGUAUUGUGUUUUAAGAGUGCAAUAAUUUAGGCAUAUCGAAGUUGUAUAUUAAUCAUCUAAGACUGCUUUUUAAUACUCAAUUUCAGUAUUGUUAAUUAAUGGCUUGUACAAUUCGUGCUGAAAUGCUUGAUUGGUCCACUCAAGAAAUGGAAAUUGAAAACUUUCUGGUU